AUGUCAAUCACUACUACCACUACUACUGCCACGGUUUCGGUCCUGGCUGACUAUGAAGUGCAUCAUAGCGAGGAACAACCUACGUCUGUAGCACCUGAACCUGUGACAAGUGGUGUCUCGGAUCAACCUGCAAACUGGCCGACGGAUCAUCGUCGUAUGCCUGCGUAUCGACCUAUCAAUCCCAAUCUGAGUUAUCUGGAGCGACCGGCCGGGACUGAUGGUGCUGAGUAUGCGUUUAUUCAAGUCAUGUUGCAUGGGGUGUGGCUCAACGCGGCUGUUUCACGACUAUGGAGAUUUACUGGAGGGCGAAUCAACGAUAAGGUCUUUCAUUAUGAGGUCGGAGGAGAGUGGUAG